UAAUUAUCUAUAGCAAAUGAAAUGGGAACCCCGUUCUUGUUGAAUCAUUCCUACCAUUUACUAACACAAGACAACAUCAUUAGCCCGAGCCUCUAGUUGUCCGUUUCAUGUACAGAUCCCUCCACGCACCCGCCCUGAUCUAAGGCUUCAAACGAUCUUACUCAAACUCUCAUAAUUCGCUUUCUCUCUCUAUCUUUUAACCCCUGGAAGAAUCAUUAUUGCUUCUGAAAUUAUGGGUUUUGUUUUUUAACACGCGCUGAUUUCUUUACUCGGAUUAAAUUUCUGUACCAGUUACUACUAUGAUGGAGUCGAUGGAGUCAUGUGUCCCACCUGGGUUUCGUUUCCACCCAACCGAUGAAGAGCUUGUUGGCUAUUAUCUGAAGAAAAAAGUUGCUUAUCAGAAGAUUGACCUUGAUGUUAUCAGAGAGAUCGAUCUAUAUCGCAUAGAACCGUGGGAUCUUCAAGAGAGAUGUUGGAUCGGGUACGAGGAGCAGAAGGAGUGGUAUUUCUUCAGCCACAAGGACAAGAAGUAUCCGACAGGGACGAGGACAAACAGAGCUACCAUGGCAGGAUUCUGGAAGGCGACAGGAAGAGACAAGGCGGUGUACGACAAGAGAAAGCUCAUAGGUAUGAGGAAGACCCUCGUUUUCUACAAAGGAAGAGCCCCGAACGGGCUUAAAACUGACUGGAUCAUGCACGAAUAUAGGCUCGAAUCUGAUGAGAACGGACCUCCACAGGAGGAAGGAUGGGUUGUAUGCAGAGCUUUCAAGAAAAAAAAGAACGGCCAAACGAAGGCCAUAGGUGGAUGGGAUUCAAGCCAAUUCUUGGAGGAAACAAGUGGAGUGACCACAGUCGGGAAUCCGGUUGACAUUAUCGCAAGGCAGCCUCAUCAUCAGAGUCAUAACAUAGCAUUAAACAAUUACAUGUGCAAGCAAGAGAUAGAAGUGGACAACUUGAGCACUUUGAUUCGCUCAUCAGACCCAUUCAUACAGCUUCCUCAGCUAGAAAGCCCGUCUCUUCUAUUGACAAAGAGGCCCAGCUCGUCAGUGUCUUUGAUAUCAGAAAACAAAAACAACAAUAAUAACGACGAGGAUGACCAAAGCGGAUCAGCAUUGCCCAGAAAGAAAGUGACUACUGAUUGGAGGGCUCUCGACAAGUUUGUGGCUUCCCAAUUAAGCCAGGAAGACAGCUUUGGAACGCCUAAUAACAGCUCGAACAUUUCGUCGUUUCUGUUGUUGCAGAAUACUGCUAGUAGAGAUGAAGCAGAUGAAGGUAACAGGUUAAGCUUAAACCCAUUUUUUAACACCAGAACCUCAUCAGACUGUGAUAUUGGGAUAUGCGUAUUUGACAAAUAAAGAAUUGAGAGGAAGUCGGUGGAAAAAUAACAGUUUUCAUGGGUAACUUGGUCAUCAAUUAAUAUUUUAAUAUAUACAUACAUAUGUGUGU